AUGUUGGAACCACAGGCCAUGAGAGGGCCUAUCGACCAAACCGUUGGCUACGGACACUCACGAACACGGACAUCUUCUUCAAACGCCUAUCCCAUGCAAUUUCAAACUUCUCACCUCGCCCAACCGGGCCCCAAUUUCUCCCAGAGCCGUCGUUCGCCUUCUGUGAAUACCUUCAGCACUGCCUCGAGCAUUCCUCCUCCUGCAGCCUACCGCUCUUCUUCACAGUCUGACCUUCGUCGCUCUACAUCUAGCCGCUCAGGCGGAGCCAGCAGCCAGCCCUCGAGCUAUGUUGCUCUCUUGCGCAAGCAAAAGGGCACCGUGUGGUGCGAUCGCUCUCAGUACGAGGAUCCUCGAUUGCUGGCCCAACAGCGUGCUGCGAAAAUGCGAGCAACUCUUGAGGUAGUUGGCGGAACCCGCAGCGCUUCUGGUGGCGCUGGUGGCAGAACCAGUACCGGCCUCAGCACCACAAAUAAGGUAGCCGCCAAAAUCCCCAAGAUUAGGCAUCAUGGGAAGAACCCUGUGGUUGGCUACGCUCCCGGCGAAAAUCACGUUGGUGUUGGCGGUGUGCCGAUGCGGCUGAGCGCCACUGAAGUUGAGGCUGAGAGCAGCGAGGACGAGAACAUGUCCAACGGGAAUCGCCCUCAUCACCGAAGAACGGGAAGCAGCGGACGAAGCAGCACAACUAGUAGCCGCCGAAACCUUGCCUACCGUUCAUCUGGAGGCAUGGGUAGCCAGCAUAGCCGAAGGUGGAGUCCUGGAGACACGCCUGAACGCACUGGCAGCUUGGUUGAAGCCACACCUGAAGAUGUUGCCGACGACGCCGCUAGCGGCAGGGCUCGAAGCAUGGCGAGUGGCAGCAGUGGCGAGCGCGCCGACAACGUGGGCGAGCUGAGCACCGCUCCUAGACUGGCUUCUAACUCGCUCAUGCACUCGGCGCUUACACGAGAGAAGAGCACAAAGUCAGCCGACGAGCUGAAGAGGCGCGGAAGCGUUGAUGAGCGAACAUCAACCCUUACCUCCGGCCGUCUUUUCAUUGCCAACCCUGAUUAA